AUGGGCUUGAAAUGUCCUGGUGCCCGCACAGACGCCUUCUUUGUCCACACAGUCGUCCCUGAUGCUUCAUUGCGUGAUUCAUCAUCAGCUGCUGUCACAACCAUCAAGUCGGCGUCGUCACACAAGACGGUGAUGGUGCAUUUGCCGCAGCUUCCGUCAUGGCAGCCAUCUCGCGCCGACGCCUUUGACCAGCUCUUUGUAUCUCACUUCGUCGACUGCUUUUUCGGCCGGGCUCGGCCAUCUUUGCCUAUUCCUCACGGUACACCCAAGAUUUGGCUUCACGAGCUCCCCGGCUUUCUCGCCUCUCCCAACCCGUCUCCCGUCCAGUGCUCCAUCCGCGCAGCAUCCAUGCUCAGCUACGGCACGGUUACUGGAGAUGUAUCCAUCAAGACCGAGGCUUGCAGAUGGUACAUGAGGGCACUGCAGAGCUUGCGGUAUCUGCUGUCGCUUGAGGAUUCGGGUUCAUCUUUGUAUUCCCCGGAAAGCACGGUAUGCGCGGCUGUCAUGCUCAUCCACUUUGAAACUACGGCCGGAACCAGCCCAAAGGCAUGGCUGCCGCACGUCAACGGUGCGGCUUCGCUACUGGAAGCUCAAGGGCCGGAGCGCUGCCGCGAUGGGUUUAUGCAUCAGAUAUUCAGGCAUUUGCGGCUGCAGACGUUCGUCGCAGCAAUGUCUGAUAAUAGGCUUCACCCUUUUGCCUCGCCGCAAUGGACGACGGUUCCCUUUGAGAUCCAUCCAAAGCUAAUCUUUGACAACCUGAUCGACAUUCUCUUUGCUGUACUAAGAUGCUUGUCAACGGCAAAUGAUCUCAUUUCAUCUAAUGUCAACCACAUGCGACAGCUGCAAGCCGAACUCAGCAAUCACAUCCAGGACGCAAGGCUUCAAAUGCACGAGUGGAGAUCAGAAGCCAUGCUCUAUACUUCUCGGAGAGAAGAUGAUCAAAGCGCCUCAGUCUCUGAAGCUGAACAGGAUAUUACGACAUCUUUGGAUGCUCGUCAUUUCAUGCUGCCAUAUACUGAUAUUCCAUCAGCGGCAUUGGUCUCAUUCUACGAUGCUGCCAAUAUCAUUGUACUUCGCCUCCUACACCUGGUUUCUCCCACAGCAUCUUUAUAUGAUGCGCGCAUUCAACAACACACACAAUCAAUCCUGUCUGCACACGAGAUGAUUAGCGAAAAGUCCGGCCCUGAGCCAAGCCGCGGCUCCAUCAUGCUGGUCCAGCAAUUAAAGAUUGCUGCCUUGUGGAGCGUGUCUUCGCAGCAGAGGGCGGUGGCAGUGAAUAUGCUCCAAGGCUUUCGAAAGGGAGGCUUCGCAGGCAUUUCGGCGCCAUCUCACGAGUAUUUUGCCGAUGUGGCGGCCCAUAUUCUUCGCAAUUACCCCGUUGAAGCGACUUGA